AUGUCGUUCAACAGCGGCAGUCAUCCGCCGACGCUCCUGGCGCUCUCGUCGUCGUCGUCGACGCGGGCAUUGUACGGCACGCACCCGAAAUCGGUCGACGAAGCGGCGCCCGAGGACUCCAUCCAAACGCCCGUCGGCCGCGCCGUCAGGUCGGCGUCACCAGGCAUCUGGGCCAUCAACUAUCUGCUCCUGGAGUUCGACACGCUCAUUCGGCUCCUGCGCGAGAAGCGCACCACGUAA